AAACUGGGGACUCUUUGCCUUGCAGAGGGUUAGUAUUUUCCCCAGCUAAGAGGAUCGGAAAGAUUCCUCCUGUGGGCUUGCAUCAUGGAGGCUAGCAUUAAAUCCAGCAGUCAGCAAAUUCUGUGGAAAGAUGUUGAAGCCGUAAAAGAGAAGAAAACCAAAUACCACACCUACCAGCUGGUGGCUCUGGUCCUGACCCUGGUGUUCCUGGUUUUGGCUCUAUGUAUUUUCAGUCUGAUGUAUCUGUGGGGCCCCAGUCUGGGGAAGGUGUAUGGUCAUCAGUACAAAGCCGUGGUGGACGGUGUGGAGACAGACAGUGUGAUGGAGAUUGACCCAGAAAACCGCGUUGAGAUCUUUAGAAUGGGAAACGGGAGUCACGAGGUUCUUGAAGUGCACGACUUCAAAAAUGGGAUCACUGGGAUACGGUUUGCCGAACAUCAGAGGUGCUACAUCAGGACCCAAACGAAGAAGCUACCCACACUGGCAGAGGUGCAAACUGAGGACAGAGGAUUGCUGGGGGAUGAGACUGUAGAUGUGAAGGUGGAAGACUCCCAAGUGUGGAUUCCUGCUGAGGAGCCCAUCGUUAACCCAGACUUCCUCCUUGACUCCAAGAUCUGGGAGAUUUGCCAGCAGCUGCCCAUCCACUGGAUCCAUCCCUCCCCCCUGACCGAAGCUGAUACUCAGGAUGAGGACACACCCGGUGCAGAGGUCACAGGUCAACGUUUCACCCGUGACGUCCUGGACCACAGUCCUGUAAAUGACUAUAGGGAUGUUGGAAUCGAGCUGGAUAACCGUUUGGAUGACCGCGGCUUCUGCUGCCAGCACUGUCGUCGUGGUUACCGCUUCUGCCGCCGCUACUUCGAGCCACUGGGUGGUUUCAACCCCUGGCCAUACUACUACCAAGGAGGCCGGGUCAUCUGUCAGGUUGUCAUGCCAUGCAACUGGUGGAUCGCUCGUAUGCUGGGGAGGAUCUGAGACGGGUGUGUGCUGUCUGGGAUUUAAAUUGUUUAUGUUGUUUUUGGUGAAAAUUCUCUUCUCUCAUAAAUAUUCCAGGCCGCUUUUGAGACCAAAGCAGUCUGUGCACACAUAUUUUAGUUUGCUCUCCCGUGGAAUAUGAGGCAGUCUAAACCAGGCAUUUAAAAUAUUUUGAUUUGUUUCAAUGUUUCAUUUUUCUCCUUUUGUUCCCCUAUAUGAUGAAGUGAGAACAGUUUGGUUAAAAAAAAAAAAACAUUGCAAGAUAAUCUUCUUGAGGACAAUAUUUCACCAGUUUCCAUCCUUUCUUUGUUGUGCAUGCAUUUUUAUCUCACAAGUUUUAUGUAAUUGUUUUUUUUAAUGCUCUAAUAUAUGCAGAUUUACAGUGCAUGCAACAUCCAUGUAAUUAUCUGAGUGGUGCAAUCACAAUAUAUAUUUAGCCAAACUAGGGUUAAGUGUAUGCUGCCAGAAACAUGUUAGCCUGAGUUGACAAAAAUCAUGAGUUCAUAAAGCAGUCCCAUGCUAUCUGAACUCCCACAUAAGUGCAACCAUAGCAGUGGAUGGGUAAAAUGAAGAAAAGAAGACCCUAAAAAAAGAGACUACCCCUCAUCUUAACGUCAACACUGCUCCUUCUAUUCUAUUCUAUUUCUAUUCUAUUCUGAAAAUUAUUUUAUGAAUGGUAAAUGAAAACAGAUAUGUAGACAAAGAUUCCAGUUUUUUGUGAGACUGACACUCUUGAAGUGCUAUAGGAGCUCAAGUGCAAACUAAUAAAAUAAAAAAAGCCCUGCUAUAAAUUGUAAAGCCUAUGCCAGUUGUUGGAGAUGAUUUAUUGGACUGAAUUAUUCAGAAAGGUGCUGCUGUUAUUCCUAGCCCAACCAUUAACAUGCAUGAAAUCUUAUACAUUAGGACCAUUUUUAACAUGGUAUCAGUCCUGCACACCUCUGCUGCCCGUUGCAACAUCAGUUGUAAAUAUAAAUGAUCACCUGUCUCACAAUUUCUACUAAAACAUAUUGAAGCUUGUAAACAGAAUUUACAGCAUAGCUGUUCAUUUGGGUUACAUGAGAUUGCACAGGUAAUCCCAGCAAAGGGCUCUGUGAGAUUAUCUGUUUUUGUCAUGUCUUUUUUCUUUCUUCUUCCUUUUUCUUACUGCUUACAUAACCACCAGAUAAAAAUCCUUCCCAUAGCCCCUAAGGACAAAACACAACUGUGUGAAAGAACCAACUGGAAGAGAAGCAUGCUCCAAAUCCAGACUUGUAAUAAAAAUCAAAACACAAACAAGACAACACAAGCAACCAGAAAAAAAAACCUACAAACGCAUGCAUGACAGCAAUUAUGCCAACCAUUAGUGCCUCCAU